GAUUACCUGCUUGACGGCUGCUGUCCUCCAGUGUGUUGACGCGACGGAUUGCUUUUAGGAGCAACCUCUGGAAAGCUUCAGGAGGAAGGAUUUCUACGAUUUAUUACUGCGCGACGUGAGGAAAACGUUUGAUUAAAGACAAAAUGGAACCGUCUGCCAGUCCGGCCAAGGAUACCUGCCGGAUGAACCGCUACAAGAACAAAGCCCUGAACCCCGAGGAGAUGCGGCGCCGGCGGGAGGAGGAGGGCCUCCAGCUCAGGAAGCAGAAACGAGAGCAGCAGCUCUUCAAGAGACGAAACGUGGACAUGCUCAGUGAAGAGGCGGCCAUGUUUGAGAGUCCUCUGGUGGAUUCCUACCUCAACUCACCGGUCACAGAAGGGGUGAUAACCAGAGAAAUGGUAGAGAUGCUGUUCUCAGAAGACCCAGAGCUCCAGCUAAGCACCACGCAAAAGUUCAGAAAGCUACUCUCCAAAGAGCCCAACCCCCCCAUCGAUGAGGUCAUCAACACACCGGGGCUGGUGGAGCGCUUUGUUGAGUUCCUGAAGCUGAGUGUCAACUGCACACUGCAGUUCGAGGCGGCGUGGGCGCUGACCAACAUCGCGUCGGGAACGUCCAUGCAGACGAAGACGGUGAUCGAGGCCGGGGCGGUGCCCGUCUUCAUAGAGCUCCUCAACUCUGACUUUGAGGACGUCCAGGAGCAGGCGGUCUGGGCCCUGGGUAACAUUGCCGGGGACAGUGCGGUGUGCCGGGACUAUGUGCUGAACUGCAACAUCCUCCCACCACUAUUAAUGCUUCUGACCAAAUCCACCAGACUGACCAUGACCAGGAACGCCGUCUGGGCGCUGUCCAACCUGUGUCGAGGGAAGAACCCGCCGCCUGCCUUUGAAAAGGUGUCCCCCUGCCUCCCGGUGCUGUCCAGGCUCCUGUUCAGCAGCGACCCCGACCUGCUGGCAGACGCCUGCUGGGCCCUGUCCUACCUCUCAGACGGACCCAACGACAAGAUCCAGGCCGUCAUCGACUCGGGGGUGUGCCGGCGCCUGGUGGAGCUCCUCAUGCACAGCGACUAUAAGGUGGCCUCUCCUGCUCUGAGAGCUGUGGGGAACAUUGUGACCGGGGACGACAUCCAGACACAGGUGGUGUUGAACUGCUCGGCGCUGCCCUGCCUGCUGCACCUCCUCAGCAGCGCUAAAGAGUCCAUCCGCAAAGAGGCCUGCUGGACCAUCUCCAACAUCACCGCCGGCAACAGGGCGCAGAUACAGACGGUGAUCGACGCCAACAUCUUCCCGGUGCUCAUCGACAUCCUGCAAAAGGCGGAGUUCAGGACCAGGAAGGAGGCCGCCUGGGCCAUCACCAACGCCACCUCGGGAGGAACGCCCGAGCAGAUCAGGUACCUGGUGAACCUCGGCUGCAUCAAGCCCCUGUGUGACCUGCUGACCGUCAUGGACUCCAAGAUCGUGCAGGUGGCUCUGAACGGCCUGGAGAACAUCCUCCGUCUGGGGGAGCAGGAGGCCAAGCAGGAGACCAGCGGAGCAGGGGUCAACCCCUACUGCAGCCUCAUCGAGGAGGCCUACGGUCUGGACAAGAUCGAGUUCCUCCAGAGCCACGACAACCAGGAGAUCUACCAGAAGGCCUUCGACCUGAUCGAGCACUACUUCGGCGUGGAGGAGGACGACGUGGCGGGCCUGGCGCCGCAGGUGGACCAGGCCGGCCAGCAGUUCCUCUUCCCCCAGCAGGAGGCCCCCAUGGAGGGCUUCCAGCUAUAACUCCCCCGGCCCCCCAUCCUCCAGGGUACAUCCAGAGGGCACCCCUGUACCGUCUGACGCCCUCCCUCUCUCCCAUGUGUGAGGUCCCAUCUCCCCCAUCUACCUUCUCCCCCCGCCCCCGCCCUAUCCUGCAGCCUCCGGUCAGCCCUGCUCGUCGCCAGGAGCGCUGACCUUUAAACGAUCCUACCUAGUCUGAGAAAUACCCAACUCAAACGGUCCGAGGACACAAUCACCUUGACAAAGGCCAGCGCGAGCAAGUGCGUCGUGGACAUCUCUUCAACGUGCUGACAUGCCAUGGCUCAUAGGGGUCAGCGUAAGGCUUCCUCUCUCUGGAU